AUGCAGUGGCGAGAUCAAGAACGGGAUCAAAUGGGGACGGCCACGAUUUUUGUGACCACAUUUGAUAUGAAUUGGAGCCCGUGUCCUACAAAUUUGAUGGACUGGAUUCCACCAGGAAAGGAUCUAUAUGUCUUUUCACUCCAACACUGCGUCGAAGUACAAGCUAUCGAGCAGUCGAUUCGAGGAUACUUGAUACAAGUGAAUUACCCAACAGCAUACAGAUCGAUCACAUCCAUUGCUGGAACGGCUGUGCGAGGUCACGUCCAGGAUGCAUCCGUUUGUCAAAUUGUGUUUGUAAAUAACGCCGACGACGCAAGUGGAAACGUCAAAUUUCAAGCCGCUGAUGGGCGAAUAUGGGCGCAGCGUAAAACAUUUGACGAAGUUGUGGGGAUCCCCAUUCGUUACUUUGACGCGUCCAUUGCUUUUGUAUCUUGCAAUCUCAGCACAUCCUUUAACAGCACCUCGCAACGAGCAGAGAAUAUCGCUGCAAAGCACACAGUCGCUUCAAGCCUCAUUCACUCCUUUGGCAUGGACGCAGACCGAGCUGCCGUCGAUUUUCCGAAUCUUUAUCACCAUACGAUUCUCUCGGGUAAUCUAAACUACGAUAUCGACAUGUCGACACCUGCGUUACUCACAGCAAUUGAUCAAGCUUACAAGGCAGAGUCGUUAAAGAGAGCGACAGAUACUGCCAUUGAAGUCCAAAUGAAGGCUAUUCGUGAAGCCAAAAUGUCAACAGAUAAGAAAAGUGUUGACUAUCAGCUGGAUCAUCAGACGAGUUUGGAACAAAGUCUUGAUGCGUGGGACAGCUCGCAAAGCAUUGCUGACGUCUCAUCGUCAUCAAGUAGCGAUUAUAUACUUGAAGAAGUGGUCACUAUAAGUGAUAAUAGUGUCCCGUUCACUCUUCUUGAGUCGCCCACUGAUCCUCUGCAGCAAGCAGGUAACGCGACAAAAGUUAACGAGGAGGAGGAAAGUGAUCCUGAUAACGUAGCGGUUGUCAUCCACGAAGAAGCUGAAGACGGUGCGAGCGCCCACACGUGGAGUUCACUCUUGGAUGAACAGCUUCCGUCAGAAGACCGUGUUAUUGCCACUGCAAACAAGCCGCUCUUAAAUGACCGACUUAUGUCAAGCGGUCAUUUCGUUCCACUUGCUCGUGGAAGUUAUAAAAAAAUUAGGGAUCUUUUGGCCAAGUCGGACCUGGUGAGUGAAAAUAUGGCAGAUAAAUGGCUUCAAGUACUUCGUUACGACGAGCUUUUAGUCUCAAUCGACGCUAAAGAAAUCUUCACAGGAUUUGAAGAACCAGCAAUACGAUUCUUGCCUUCAUUUCCACGUAAAAUUGGGGUUGCAGCGAAAUUUUCGAUGGUCGGAGAGCGCUCGUGUCAAAAGUUUUUUCAAGAAGCAGACACCGAAACGCUUGUCGACUCUCCUCCAGCUUAUAAAGAUCGUAUUUUGGCUCAUUCGUUAUGUGAUACAAAGCACCGAAUCAAGAAUGUGGGGUAUUGGUCCUGUGAAAAGAUCGUGACAUCUACGCACAAGCCUGUCUGCAGUAUUUACGAGCUUGAAAUCGACCGAUUUUUCACGUACAAUAUGGAUGAAGCUGCUAUUGCCGACAUGCGUCAAGGCAAACAUGCUCUACGUGACAAGCGUGACGUUCACGAGUUUAAAAUCAAGUUGACCAAGCUGGAUGCUAAUAUUUGGACGUACGAGCGCGAUGGAGGAAGUCCCAUAGUACAGCCAGCUGGGCAUCGAAGACGAGAACGUGAUUCAAACAGCUCGAGUAGUCAUAGCAGUCAUGGUGUUAUUCACUCGACCAGUACAAGCAGCAGUGACGGGCACAGUGAAAACGUUACUACCAGGCGCAGCAAGUCGACGAUCGCUCAGGUAGUUGGUCGAGUGCUUCGAAAGAGUCGACUUCACUCCAACAGCAGUUCGAGCUCAAAAGCGACGACGAUAACGAAUCAAGUCUCGGACGGUAUGAGUGGAGCAUUGGGAAGUCAGCCUAUGGCUACGACGAAUGAACACUUCUCCGCUCUCGCUGCCUCUCAGCUUGAGUUAGUGCCAUUGGAACCUGUUAGCAUCUCAACGAUAUUCCCGUUGCCAUCUGAAGAUGCCUACGCUCUUCAACGUAAAGUAUACGAGGUCGCACACUUAGUACAAAAUGGUUUUCAAUCCAGCGCUCGUGUGGACGGAGAUGAAGAAUCGCAAUUAGCGUAUACCAAUUAUCGCACGGUGGCAUGGAAAGAGGCGAUGUCCAAGGGCGUGAUACACUCAGCCAUCACCAAGGCAGUGAAUGGGGGAGUGCAUAUUGCCAUCAGCAUUAAAGCCGAGAAGGGACAUGGAGGUCAAGGGGUGCUGUGUCUUCAGGAGGCAGAUUUAAUGAUGCAUGCAGCACCUGUACUCAGUGAAGCCAAACCAAUUCCGUUUGAUGUCAGUCUCACAUGGGGAGGCAAGCACGUGGGUUAUCUGCACGGUGAUGUCUUGUGCUCAAUGUAG